GGAAUUCUGCAGAUGCUGUAAAUUCAAGCAACACACAUCAAAGUUGCUGGUGAACGCAGCAGGCCAGGCAGCAUCUCUAGGAAGAGGUGCAGUCGACGUUUCAGGCCGAGACCCUUCGUCAGGACGAACUGAAGGAAGAGUGAGUAAGAGAUGGAUUCGAAUUGACAGGGCACCUGAACAAACCCUCGAUUCGGAGCAAGAAGGCUGCAGAUUCCUUAUGAGGACUCGGUCUCCCGGCAGGAGAUGGAAGAACCUCACCUUAUGAUCACACCUCCUCUUCCCCCACGGGUGUGGGCGUUAUUCCAGAGAAAAUUCUUAGCUUCUGUCGGGGACCCGCUUUUUGUGCACUGGGCCAUUGAUUCGCCAGGGAGAUUGGAUGGGUUGCACCUGAGCUCGAGGGGGAGCAAUAUCCUUGCAGGAUUUCUUGCGAUUCCCGACGACUUCCUUCUCCAACACUAUCAACGUGUUCUCCUCUUUCAGUGGGAAAUGGCUGGAGUUCUAUCCAACCUGUAUUACAACGCCAAGGAUGUGAAGGACCUGGUGGCUGCCUAUCAACGUGAAGGACAAGAGGGUUUUCAAUUGGCCAUCGAGAGAAAAUCCAAGCAGUUCGAAAAUGUACAGAUCCGGAUUGCGGUGAUGGGUGAAAGUGGGUCAGGCAAAUCGACCCUGAUCAAUGCUCUGCUUGACUUGAAUGAGAAUGAGGAAGUGGCUGCCCGAUCAGGAUUUGAAGAGACCACCAUGGAAAUAACACCUUACCCCCACCCCACCCUUCCUAAUGUUCAGUACUAUGACUUCCCCGGGUUGAAUACACCUAAGUUUCCAGUGAAAAAGUUCAUGAAGAAAACCAACUUUUCCGAGUAUGAUUUGGGCAUCAUUGUCACUGCUGCUCGGUUCACGGAGAAUGACAAGUUACUGGCUGAAGCACUGAAGAAGGCGGGCAAACCUUUCUACGUGGUGCGCUCUAAGAUCGACGAGACUGUCAGGGCAGAAAGCCGUAAGAAGGGUUACAACCAGGAGGAUAUGUUCCGGAGAAUGAGAGAAUAUUGCAGCUCCUCACUGCAGGCAGCAGGGAUACAAAAUACUUCCGUUUUCCUCUAUUCCGCAUUUGACCUUGAUGAGUUUGAUUUUCCUAAAUUUAGGGAGGCUGUGGUAUCCAGUCUCUCGGAGACACAGAGAGAUCUAUUCAUCACAGCACUCCCCAACACAUCUGAAGCUGCUAUAGAGAGGAAACGUAAUGCUCUGCGGCCAUUCAUCCAGAUGUUGUCCGCCGUAUCGGGGGGUAUCGGUGCAGUUCCCAUUCCAGGUUUGUCUCUUGCCUGUGACCUGGCGCUCAUUAUCUCUGGUAUCCUGUUCAUGCGGAAGAACCUUGGUCUGGAUGAGGUGUCUCUCAACAAACUGGCCCAGAGAGUGGGGACCAGUGUAGCGAAUCUGAAGAGAGGUGCCGAGCACAUCUGGCUGUUUGGGGAGAUCACACGUGAGCAGGUCCUGCUGUUGAUGCAGAGAAGCAACGUGGCAAUGGCGCUGACAAUCGCCGAGCCCAUCCUUGACUUUGUCCCCAUUUUGGGCUCCAUCUUUGGGGCAACGUCGUCCUUUGGGGUGACAGUCAUGAUGCUGAACAGUUCGUUGAAUGCAAUGAUGGAGACAGCUAAAGUUGUCCUUCAAAAUGCCAAGGCAGCCGCUUCCCAUGAAGGCUUCGGUAAUUGUGGACCCCUCUAUGGGUAAUUGAGCGUGCCUCUCUUACUCAAUCCCGGAGGGAUGUCACACCAUCCUGACAUCUACCACCCAAAGACAAGUUCUUUCUGGCACCCCACCCCCAUCUGGAUAAAAGAUUCUGCAGAUCCUGGAAAUCAUGAGCACCACACAGCAGGUCAGGCACCAUCAAUGGAGGGGAAUAAACAAUUCAUCAGGACUCCUGUUAAUCCUCACACCGCUUGAGUCCAAGUGUUUCCAUUACCCCUAUAAGGAGGGCGAUCUCUGUUACCAUCAUUUCCGGGAGCUGUUUCUCCAUAGUCACUGCCUGACCCAGUGAACAACCCACCUGUUCCGAGUUUAUUUCAGAUUUCCAGCAUUUGCAGCAUUUUGCAUCAGAAUGCCUUACAAUUUAAUUGACAUUUAGUCAUCCUCGUGUAGAUGUUUAAUGUCACAAACACGAGAAAUUCUGUAUAUGCUGAAAAUCCAAAGCAACACACACAAAAUGCUGGAGGAACUCAACACAUCAGGUAGCAUCCAUGGAAAAGAAUAAACAGUCGAUAUUUCGGGCAGUGAUGCAUCAUCAAACUGGAGGGUCUGGUGGUCCACCUACCAACGACUAGUUCCACCUACAGCAGGUUGGCAAUGAUUACAUCCUUCCCCCUAUUCAGUGCCAGGUCCAGGAAGGUAUGGAUUCAUGCCACUGUUCCCAACUUCAAUGUCAAAUCGUUCAGCUCAAUGGAUUUAAUUUCCUCAGACCUGCCGCAAUUUAAACUCGGUCUCCUGUGUUACUGAGAGAGCAAUAGCUAAAUCUGACAAUCAGUGUGCACGCACCCUUCAUCAUAGUCCAGCUUAAUGUCUGUUUUUUUUACUUCUGUAAUAUUCCGAUGUACUUUUGAAUUGUGAUUAAAAGAUCUGACAGAAGCAAGCAACUGCCUCUCGGUCAGUGCUCAUUC